CGUGCACGACGCGUUGAUCCAGAGGUUUGGUUGAAGACAAUAACAAAGAAUCAAAUGAUUCUUCACGGAUGUUUCCGGUCAGAAUCUUCACGGACUUCAUGUCCUGCUGGUCUGACACGAGGACGAGCUGCUGAAUGCGCGUCCUCUCCGCGUGUCCCCUCUCAUGACAGCAGCGUGCGACCUGAUACAGCUCUGGGUGUUUCUCUUUAAUUCUGCGGCAUCUCUCUCGCUGUAUGCGGGCCUGCUGCUCUGGAGGAGGGCGGGCCGUGAGCACAACGAGCAGACCUCGGGACAGUAAACUAACUGAUGCGACAUGUAGCACGAGCUUUUGGGAGGAUUCCAGCACGCAGCUCUCAUAACUUCGUUUGCAUAGAUUGGAUUUGGGAAUGGCACGCGGAGCUUCCAGUUGAACACAGGCCCGGGCUGCUGCUGUCUGGACACUGACCUCGGGUAAACCCCGUGAGGCUCCGCGGACUUUGGAGAUAUUCUGCAGAGGUGGUUUUUUUUUUUUUUUUUUGCGCAGCACGGAAACUCUGGCGCAACACAAAGAGGGGGGAUGAUCUCCAAAUGAACUGACAACACUGAGUGAAACUACGCUUAUUAAAGGACACAAAGACUCGUUGUGCAAGAUGAUGUCACUGAUUGAUCUGGACGAUGAUCAGCGAUGGGUGCCCACUCACGUGAACAUCACCGUCCUCCGCGCGAGAGGACUGCGAACCAAGGGCAAGCAUGGCAGCCGCUACCUCUACACCAUCAUCCAGGUGGCGAAGGAGAAGUACACCACCGGGCUGGUGGAGAAGGCGGAGGUGCCCGAGUGGAACGAGGAGUGCUGCUUCGAGCUGCUCCCCGGGAUCCUGGAGGACGGCGGCCGGGGCGCCUACCCCCAUGGGAGCGGGGACCUGGUCCUCACGGUCAUGCACCGGGUGCUUAUCGGACUUGAUGUGUUUCUCGGUCAAACCGUCAUUCCUCUGGAUAGGUUAUUUCAGGAGGGGAUGUGUCCUCGAGAUGAAUGGUUCAAGCUCAAGUCUAAGGCGGGCAGAAAGGAGAAGGACCGUGGUGAACUGCAGGUGACAGUCCAGUUCACUCGCAACAACAUGACAGCCAGCAUGUUCGACCUCACCAUAAAGGACAAACCUCGCUCUGCUUUUGGCAAGCUCAAGGAUCGCGUCACGGGGAGGAAGAGGGGGGACAUGGAGUCCUCCUCGGCCAUCGUCCCAGGCCGCUUCGCCGCCCUGUCAGGAUCCCUGGGGCAUCCGUUUGGAGAGGAGGGGGGCGGAGGCUCUGCGGAGCAACGAGAUGUGGAGAUAGCAGAGGAGAAGAGGAGCAAGAUGAAAGAUUUCUUCAAAGGGAGGCUGCGCAAGUCAUCUGACACCAGGUCAUGCUCGUCCCUGGCUUCAGAGAGCAGUGUGUCCUCCAUGGUCAGUGAUAACCCCGGCCCUCCGCCCAGCCUGGAUCUGAUGUUAGACCCUCCCAGCUCCCCCAUCUACACUAGCAAAGUGCGGGUGGACACCCACUACGGAGAGACAGAUUUAGCUAAACAAGUGCUCACCAGCCAGCACACCACAAAGGUUUUCACACACAAGCGAGCCUUCAGCGAUGAAGCCAGUAAAAUCACGACAGCCUUCCCUCGAUCGAAUCUUGCAGUGGAGUCUCUGAAAGGUCAAACCAUGACUCAGUCCAAGUCUUCCUUGUGUAUAAAUGGCAGCCACGUCUACGACUCUGAGCCGUCGACUCCAAAGAGCUCAGGAGCCCACCAGUCCAAGCUGGUCCUGCUGGAGAAGUGCUCCCCGCUCUCUCGAUCCCUGCAGAACCUCACCAAGGACAGAGGCUCCUCCGCCGAGGGCCGACGCUGGUCCUUUGACAAGAUGAAGAAAGAGGAAAAGGAGGAAGACAAGGAAGCUCAGGCAUCGUCUCCUCCAAAUCAGCAAGGGGGUCGCCCUGUGCAGGCGGAGAUGCCGGUCGUCUCAUCUGCUGCUGUUUCGCCCGACAAAGGGAGGAAGCUAAGAAAGACGUUGUUCUCUGGAGGGAGGAGUGAUUCUCUGCCAGCUAAGUCAGACCUGAACCAGGCUGGUUCGACAUCUGAGGGGAGGCUCAGAGGCUGGUUUGGCUCCGGGGAAGCCCACAACAAGCCGAGGCUGGAAGUUUCUCCUAAGGUAGAAAGCAGCUCAGAUGUACCCCCUCCCCUCCCUCCUCGCUCCCCCGUAUCAUCUCAGUGCUCCCCUCCCUCUGCCUCCCCCUCCGGUCAUGUCUCACCUGACAACUGCAAUCACACCAAUCCUUUCACCCCCUUCUCCUCUCCCGCCUCGACCCCAAUCUCACCCUCCAACCCUUUUCCCUCGUAUAUGCAGCGCAACCCCUUUUUUGAGGAUCUCAUAGCAGAAGAGUCACAGAGGUCCCCUCCUUUCGACUCAUCCCCAUUUCAUUACACCACUCUGCCUUCCCAGCCCUGCACAUCCAGCCCUGCUCACGAUGUUACAAAUAUGGCUUAUAUAAAGCGGGAGCGCCCCAGGCCGGUAGCUAGGCAGAUAUCUCUGCCUGCAUUAUUACCCAAAGCAGCCACACCGAACCCCUCCGCCCCUCGCUCCAUGUCAGAGAGUGCAGGAGAAUCGGACGACUCGUUUGAUGCCUUCGCCUCCAGCAGGCUCAACUCACCGAAAGAGAGUCUUCCUCAGAAACAGCUGAGAACCAGUCCAACUUCAUCUCAUAGACAUAGUUAUCUUCCAGUUAAUAACAGCACCAAUAAUCAUGCACAAGAGCUGCAAACAUGCGAGGAGGAGCCUCCACCUUUGCCUCCUCGGAAACCUUUACGAACUUCAGUGAGCGAGAGUUACUCUGAUGGCUGGCUGCACAGAGGUCAAGAGCUGGCUGUCCAUAAAGAAGCCUACCUGCUCUCACAGACCGGCGUGGCCUCGCUGCAACGUGGACGAGAGGGAGAAAGCAAAAGAAACAGUGUAUCUCCAGACCCCCACACCAGCAGCGAGACCUCCGACUCCCUCAGCGUUCCCUCUCAGCCGCACACAAACGCUACUUCGCCAGGAUUCAUGUGCGAAGAGAAGCUCAAAAAGUUCAAAUAUGAACCUUUGGAGGAUGAAAACGACCGCUGGGGAGGGACGUUGUUUGAGCAAGACUUGUACGGACGCAUGUGCAGAGGAAACUACGGACAACCCAAAGUAAAUCGUUUAUCUUUGAGCGCUGAAGAAACUGUAGGAAAUAAGAUCACAUCUACGAACUUAGGACCUAACAUACUUCUUAAUAGUGAGACAUUUGUAGCAGAUAUUUUAAACAUGCCAUCUACUGCUUCCUCACAGCCAGAUGCAGAAGCACUUGGUAGUACAACCGCUCCAGUAGAGAAGAUGGAGUCUUAUCCCCCCGAAACCACAUGCAUCAACAAUAAUGUGUCUUUCUCAUUAACCUCAGGAGAUCUGAACAUGAAUGUGAAUAACUCCGAUUUUGGUUUCAUUGAUUCAGACGGCUCUUCUCAGUCAGAGGUAGUUGACACUCUCAAAGGCAUCAUGAGUUUUGGCGGGACUUUUCCACAACCGCCAGGAGCUUCACAGAUAGCUGCUUACCAUGUCGAGAUGGCGACCGCUCCUGAGGAUGUGUUCACUUUGAAGGACACUUACAUACCUGGGAUGAACUCUUCCUUUGAAAUAACCGCUUCAUCCAACAAACUGUACAAAGUCUCUCCAGUUUGCAAAGACAAUUGCGAACCGAAUAACGUGGCACCAUAUGGUAACUCCGGGGUGAACAGCAGAGAGGUCGCUUCUUUCUCGUCACAAAAUCAAACGUCUGAUGCAGCCGAUUUUGAAACUGAAACCAGUGAAGUUUUAUCAAGAAGUGUAGGGGAUUUAAAAAAGACACAAAAUGACUCUGAUGGUAAUGGGAACCCGCCAGCUAAAAUAGGCACACUAAACCAGCAGGAGACAUUUCCUGGUGUGGUGAGUGCACGUUUUAGACCCAAAGGAGUGUCUCGACAGAACAGCAGCGGCAGCCCAAGCAACCAAAGCAAAGGUGGAGACACAGAGUUCGAACAAUUCUUGGCCCUCGUUCAAAACAUUUCAGAAGUCCGGGAAGGACCGUCGUCGUACCAGCCCUCUAAAUCAGCUCUUUCUUCCUUCGUGGCACUAGUAGAUCAUCACGAUGAUCCCAAUACAGCAUCAGUAACAUCUUCAAAAGACAACACAACAGGGACAGGAAAACCCUCUGAUAUCGCUUUUGAAGACCUUCACGCUCAGGUAGCACCAAACUCCAGAACCCCGUCAAAGUCAAAGAUUGGGCAAUCUUUGCAGGAACCCUCCUCUUCCUCCAUCCAGGCUGCGCUCCACCCUACCCCUGUCUUUUGCCCCUCCAUACACCCCUCGAGCACGGGGCCCAGCACCACUCUGGCUGUGGCCCCGUACACCUCUUCUUCCUCCUCCUACUCCACCACCUCCACCACCGACCAGCCCCUGGUCGAUGCACGGCACUCACUUUUGCCUGAGGAGACUCAGCCAGCUAGCAGCCUGUCCCGUCAGGAGAGCAGAACUCAUCCAGUGAAGCCGUUGACCUCCAGUCAAUCGGAGAAGAAGGACGGUCGUUCGGUUCUUGAGAAGCUGAAGUCGACCAUCAACCCUGGACGCAGCGCCCACCAGGUCGCAGCCGAACCUGAGAGGAGUCAGGAGGUGCCAGUGGACAACUCGGCCCAGUACCAGCACCUGACCAACAUGGAGCUGAUCUCGCUGCUGCUGCAGCAGGAGAUGGACAUGCAGAAGCAGGAGGCGGCCUCCCAGCAGCAGGCGGCGCAGCUGCGCAAAUGUGAGGCGGAUCUGAAAAAGGUCAAGUUACAGGUUCGAGACAUGGAGGACUACAUAGAUAAUCUUUUACUGCGGAUCAUGGAGCAGACACCAACGCUGCUUCAAGUUCGCAAUAGACACAAGUGACGACAGAGCGAGUGUGUGUGUGCUGCACACGACUGAGACCCUCGAGAAUACGGUUUCCUCCAGAGUGGGUGCAAAACACGGUUAUUAUUUAAGAUCGGGAAUCACUAUUCUAGAGUGAUCAAGUUAAUGCUCCACGAAAUCUGAUCUCACGAACAUCCAGGUCUUCUCACUGCUAAUACUGCCUUGUUGAUGUAGACACGAUAUUACCCAACAUGCAUGCUGGUUACUAUCCCAACAGAAAACAGAAUAAAUAAGAGCUUCGAUCAAAGCCAAAUGAUUAUUUUGCUCAUGCUUUGUAGAGUAAUUAAAGAUAGUCAGCUGUUGUCAAGUCAAACUUUAAACUCACUGCUUUCACACAUGCAUAAAAUAAUAUACAGGCUUAAGAAAAGAUUGUUUCACUUUGGGGUUUAAAGUAGUUCCUCUGUCAGAAUAUGCUGUUAGCUCAAGGAAUCUUGAAAUUACAGCUGUAGAAGUGCAAAAAAAUGUCAUUUUGACACAAGGUUUUCAUCUCAAACUGUUUUAUGAAAUGCCAAGAUUAACUUGAGGGAAUUGCAUAUUUUCAAAUAUAAUUUAAGAAAUGCUACAAAGAAUAGCAACACGUCAUAAUACGCUGUGCUGCAAUGUGAAUACUAUAAAAAGAGACCUUUCUGCAUUAACAUUGUUCUAUGAUAAGUGCAAAACAUUAAUCACGUUUGAGCCCGAAAAGACUGAAGAAGAUGAAGUCUCAUUAUUUGUAUUUUGUUUCUUUCUUUUCAUUUGUACAAAAUAUUGUGUUUUAUUUUUGUUUCCACUUUGCAUUUUUUGUUGUUGCAAUAGUAGCAUUUUACUGUACAAGUAACAGCAUCAAUGCAAUAGAUAAGAUAAUUAUUAUAAGUUAUUUCUAUAAAAUACUUUUGUCAUGAUGAUAUAUUCUUUAAUGCCACUCUAGUACCACUGUAGCUACUUGCAAUGCUUUACAUGACCGCAGGACUGUACUGUAAGAAAAUAAAGUACACAUGAGCCAAA